ACAUAAGACCAACAUCCAGCACGCUGUCAGAUUGACACAGGCACUAUGAAGAACCAGGAGCAUCUCUCUUUGUCCGUGUUGCUGCUACUUUUUGCAGCCUGGGGUGCAAAUGGAGAGAACAUUUUGGUGUGGUACACCGAAGGCAGCCACUGGAUUAACCUAAAACCUGUGCUGGAAACUCUGGUCGACAAAGGACACAAGGUUACAGUUCUGGUGCCGAGCUCUUCGAUGUUCAUGAAUGUUAGUGAGCCUUCACGCUUUGGCUAUGAGCCCUUCAAUGUCUCCUUCUCAUUGGAGGAGGCGACUAAGUUUUUUGAGGAGUACCUUUACUUUUCCAUGUAUGAGAUUGAUCAUUUGGGCUACCUGCAGAUGUACAUCAAAUACAUGGAUUUGAUGAAGCUUGAUUUACAGUUUUCUUUGAAGCUCCUGGACGGAGUGCUGAAGUCAGAAAAAGUCAUGAAGAGGCUGAAGGAAGGAAAAUAUGACCUCCUGUUUUCGGAUCCCAUUUAUCCAGGUAGUGACCUAUUGGCAGAAAUUUUGGACAUCCCCCUGGUCUUCUCCUUGCGCUUUUCCCUAGUCCAUAACUGGGAGAGAUAUUGCGCUCAGCUACCGGCUCCACCGUCUUUUGUCCCGGGUGCUAUGAGCAAACUGACUGACAAGAUGGACUUCUUUGAGAGAGUAUGGAACUUCAUUUUUUAUGCACUGCAAGAUAUCACCAUAUAUGACGUUUAUUGGAAGGAACUCAACAGGUAUUACUCUGAAAUCAAAGGUGAGCAACUCACACAAGAAGUAUGUCUCAAUAACAGUUUGACAGAUCACACGAAGUGUAAUGGUUUUGUUGAAAUGCAAAAAUGUACUUACUUUUGAUUUUGUGAUACCAGUCAGGAGCUAUGACAUCUUUAACACUGACACUUUGCAACUGAUUGCUGCUUUACAAUUAUUUUAUGCUUUGGUAAAAGGAACGCCAAUAAAUGCCUGUGAAAUGAUGGGUAGAGCAGAUAUCUGGUUGAUUCGGACAUACUGGGAUUUUGAUUUUCCUCGUCCCUUCCUCCCCAACUUCAUAUUCGUUGGUGGGAUCCAUGGCAGACCAGCUAAACCCUUGCCAGAGGUAGGGCUUUCUCCACAGCCAAAAUGUUUGUUUUUUUGUUGUUGUUUUUCUAUAACCAUUAAUUGCAUCAAAGAAGAAAAAAAGAGUUUAAAUGGGGCUCACAUUGGAUUAAUGUUUUGAUCAUGCAGGAUAUAGAAGAGUUUGUGCAAAGCUCUGGAGAUGCUGGCAUUGUGGUCUUCACUUUGGGAUCGUUCAUCAAGAAUAUAACAACGGAGAGAGGAAACAUGAUAGCCUCAGCUCUGGCUCAAAUCCCACAGAAGGUCAGGUAACAAUCCAUGUCCCAACUGCAAAACACUUACAUCACCAAAUUUUAAAAGCACAGCCUCAAAACAAAGCAGUUGCAAGCAUCUCUCCCUGCAAAUAUAGGUGCACAGCACAUAUCUUAUGGCUUUCAAAUAUCGUUGCAUGUAAAAUGAGUUGAUGCAUGAAACUGCAGUAUAAGGUGAUAUUUUGCAUUAACAAAAUGUUACCUCUGAUGGAUGUUUGUCUGUGUCAUAGCAGAACUGUAUAAGCCACCUACAUGUGUAAGCCAAACAACAUAGUUUUGUCUAAGUCAAAGCUUGAGCUAGUGCGCAAGUGCUCUUCAUAAUCAGGGCUGCCCUUUGACUGCUUAACCUCUGAGUGAGAUAGUUUCACAGUAUCAAAUGCUGUGCCAUUAAAAGCAAUAAAAAUAUAUAACCAUGUCAUAUGGCAAAGGAGAACAAAAAAAAAAUUUAACAUCUGAUUCAAUAUAGGGGGUUAUCACUAUUAAGUCACUGUGCAGACUACAUUGGAUCAAAUGUAUUUUUCACAUGCAUUAUUGUACACUCUGCUUUCCAUCAUUAUAUCAUGAUACCUGUGUAAGAACUCAAGUGUCUCUGUUUGUAGAUUCUGUGGAGAUACAGCGGAGAAAAACCAGCUACCCUGGGUGCUAACACCAGGAUAUAUGAUUGGAUUCCUCAGAAUGAUCUCCUGGGUAUGAAAAACAUUACAGGAGCUACUGAGCAGACCUUUGACACUACUCCUAAUCAUUUCUCUUUUCAGUAAAAACAGCAUACUCACAAUACAUUUAUCACCCUUUAGUUUGAAAAUACAAACUCCUGAAGCUGUAGAGGGCACAGCACAGAGAGAUAUUGGUACCAAAUUUGGUCGGAAAUAUGUUGUUGGCAUUGAACUUUGACAUAUGGUAUCAUAAAAUCGUACGCCAAAAGAUCCAUCACAGUCUAAGCGUCAAGGCUUGUUUGGUGUUGAUUUAGCUAUUUUAAGUAAACUUGACAAACGCCUGACACUGUUGUUAAAGGACACUUAAAGCUCCUUUGAGGAAAUUUGUGUUGAUUUUGUUACCCCUGUGGACAGAGUGAAGCAUUCUUUGUCUUUGCUGAUUUUGUCCUGUACGUGUAAGCUGUGUUUUCUAAAGAAAAACUUCAAUUUUUACCAGUCAAUUGUUUUACUUGCUUAUAAUAUUUGCAGCACAAAAACACAAAAAAGUUGUUUCCUCAGUGUUCUGUCAAACAAUGAAAAGAUUUUGUGAAAAAAAAUGAAAUUGAAAUCAUCCAGAUUCAGAAGAAGAAAAAAGUCACAUGGAUUGCAUCACUUUUAUCCUUUUAGGUCACCCCAAGACCAGAGCUUUCAUCACCCAUGGGGGCACAAACGGGAUUUAUGAGGCCAUCUACCAUGGUGUCCCCAUGUUGGGCCUCCCUAUGUUUGCUGACCAGCCGGACAACCUUGUCCAUGUUGAAGCAAAGGGAGCUGCAAGAGUCUUAAACAUGAACUUCAUGACAACAGAAGAUUUAAGGGAUGCAGUCAACGCUGUGAUCAAUGAGAAAUCGUAGGUUUACUAACCUCUCUGAUAAAUUCCUCCCUUCCCUUCAAUGAGAAGUUCAGAUUUAUAGAACACCAGCCAAUAGCUCUUCAUGAGUUGCAGUAAAGCGUAACACAGUAGGACAGAGUUCAUUACAGCCAGAUUGCAAGGUCAAAGGCACUGCAAAAACACUGGAUGGUCUUUUCUCCCAUAAACUAGUCUUCUUGUCUGAGUUUGAAAACACAUGUAACAAAAAAAUUCAGUUUAUUUUCCCUUUUUUAAACUUUGAUUCAAGGCAACUCAACCUCAUAUACCUUAUACUAAUACAACCAUAAAAGUAUGAUCAGUAUAUUGUGUGUAAUUUUCAGCUAUGGUUUAAAGCUUCAGGGUUUAUGGACAUCAUGCAAUAACAGAUGACCACCGUAAACCUCUUCCUUCCAUUUAACACAUCCAGAAGAUAUGUCAAUAAAUAUUAUAAAUUUUAAUUAAAAAGAAAGAGUAACAGUAAAAUAUGAGAUAAACUAUUAAAUGUUAUUAAAGUAGAGGCAGUGAAAGAAAUAAAAAUAAAUCCAAUGUUUAAUAACUGUUCUGAUUGAAAGUGAGGAAUAAAGACUUUGCAUUAGUGUGAGUAGGUAAAGUGCUGUGGAGGAUGUGCAAAACUUGCAAAAUAAUAAUUAGGCCUACUUUUUUUCUUUACUACGAAGUAUGCACCAGUUCAAUAAAGUCAGUGUAAAUAAUCAGUCAAACAGAAAAUAUUUUAAGCAUUUGAAUCACUGCAAACACUAAAGGCUGGAGCAUGCAUCUGCACAACCCAAUUUCAGAUGAUGGGUCAGUGGUCAGAUAGGCAAGAUAGAGUGCCUGAAGACAGACAUGUACACUUACAUAGAGGCUAACACCUUAACAAGAUAAGAGGUUCAAACUGAAUCCAGAAUCUGGAGAACAUGAAGCCAAAAUAACUUUUAAAAAACCCCUUUAAAUAAGCAGGGUUUAAGGGUUAUUUUGUCUGCUUAUUUAAAGUAAAGUGCUUUAAAUAAGCAGGUUUUUAACUCAGCACACUGCAGUUCAAAAAUCUAACAUUAGUCACGUGGGCAAAAUUUCUUUAUUUGAUUACAUGCACCAAGCUUUAUUCAGAUUGGAGGCAUUGGGACAUGCGCAGAGUUGUCUGAUUUCGCUAAAACAACCGCAGAAGAAGAGUCGUAUUUACGCCUGUGCUGUCAACAAACCAACAAAUGCGGUAGUGGCUCACUUCAUCCAAUUCAGUAUAAUAAAUGUUGUCACUAGAUGGCGCCUGUGCGUACUUAUUUUACAGUUCUGCCAAAGGACGCACUUUGCGUGCAGAUGUGACAUCAUUACGCUCUAUCUACGCCGUUAUGUUACCGGAGGAGCAGACUCGGCACUUGCGGUUGUAUUUUAUGCCAGUGUUUUAAUAACGAAACCUCCUGUACUGGACUCAACAAAUAAGCCAAAGGCUAAAAGAGUGAAGAUCGAGUUAGGAAAGAGAGUCACGAUCGGAAUAAGUGUUAACAUGGACUCUUCUCGAUCGGAAUACAAUUUCUUUCCGAUUGGCUCACAAUCCUCCGAUCGACAUGUUUAAAUGACGCAUUUUUAUUCCGAUCGGGCAUUUAUUCCAAUUAUUUGUGCCAAUGCAAACGCAGCUAUUGACUCCUGUAAAACUUCAUUCACAGGUACAAAGAGAGUGCCAUGCAACUGUCCAGAAUCCACCACGACAGACCAAUCAGCCCCCUGGAUGAAGCCGUAUUCUGGAUUGAGUACACCAUUAGAAACAAAGGAGCCAAGCACCUUAGGGUCCAGGCCCAUGAGCUCACCUGGUAUCAGUAUCACAGUCUGGAUGUCGCGGUUUUCUUCCUUUUCAUCGUCCUCUUCAUAAUGUAUCUGUUCAUCAAGACCUGCAGUUUCUGCUUCAGGAGGUGCUGUGGCAGAAAGAGCACAACAAAAAGAAAGGCUGAGUAAUUGGCCAGGAAAACCUCAACUCAAUGAAAUAUUAGUUUACAGGUUGUCCAGCUGUUCUUAAUUUUGCAAUGUAAUCACAACCUCUUCAAAACAAUUGAUGACUUUGUUUCAGGGUCUGGCAUUUGUCAGCCAUUUCCAGAAGACCUUUUUAUGACAUUAAACUCAGAUUCAGAUAAAAUCAGAAGUAAAGACAUUAACAUGAAUACAAACACACAUUUGCUUUGUUAUAUGCAGUAUGUGACCAUUUUACUUGUUUGACAAGCAAUCACUCCAAUUGCCAGCAGGUGCACACCAAUUUGCAUAUUUGCGCCUGCACCAUGUUUGAUGAUAUCAAAUACUGAAUGUUCAUUGGCUGGUUUAAGUUGGGAGUUAAAAAAAAAAUCACAAAGGGAGUGCAUUAAUUUCUUUUAUUCUUGUAAAGCUGGUGACAUCCCACUCUUUCAGGGGUCUUAACAGUGAUACCACAUAAGUCACUAUAUGAUGGAUCAUUCAUAGGCUAAAAUAAAAAUCUAACAUAAAAUACCUCUAACAAAUUAGUGAUUCCAUCAAACAAAAAAUAAACAGCCCUUUUUUUCAUCACAAUAGAGUCAACAGCUUUACGUAAAUACAGACAUUAGUCAACAUUUCAAGACAGCUUCUUUUUUUCCAUUUAAGAGCAGGAUGAGGAUUAUUAUGUCUUAUUUAUAUCAUUUUUUCAGUUUUCCAUCUUCUUUGGCCUUCCACAAGAUAAGCUCCAUGCAGGCAGCAGCAUCUUCUGCAGUGUCAUGGCCACUCUCUGAGAAAAACAUUAACACCAUAUCUUUCAAGAAAUGUAAUUAUAAAACACAUAGUUUUUGGUUCAUAUUUCUCAAAAGUUGCACUUUGAUUAUUAUACAUAUUUUAUCUGACACAACAUGCAGUUUAAACAGGAAAGUGUCAAUGAAACAUGUGGUGGCUGCAGUUGUCCAUGAUGACCCACCACUCUGCUGGAUGAUCCUCCUGAGGUAUUCAGCAGUGAGCUUGUUGAGGCUGAGCUUGUGAGGGGGGCCCAGACGGUGGGGGAAAACUGCUGCUGUGUCCACAACUGCUCCGUGAAGCAACUAUAGUAAGACGGAGAGAUAUCUAAAGAUUUUAUCACUGGAUGUAGCCUUUUGAAUAAGUUGAUCAUUACUUUGUGUAGAAAAAGAGGUGCAGGUGGAGAAAGAAAAGAAACUAGCAUGUAACCUGGUUUUACAAACUUCUUUCCCACGUUCAUCUACCUUUCCACUUUAACAAUAAAUUCUUUAAAUGGUG